UGCGUCGGCCUAGCCUGCGGCAUCUUCUACUUCCUCUUUUUCUGGGGACAAACUUGUUAAAACAGCGUAGCAAGACUUCGCUAGAGUCCUUGUACAGUACUCUUGUUUUCUUUUUCUUAUUAUACUGUCUCUUGUUUUCUAGAAGCAUUGUACAAGUACGACUACUAGUAUGUCUCGCUGACACCCGCGGACCUUUCCACACUCCCCGAAACCCGCAUCGCGAAACAAUCUCAAAAUCUCAAUAAUCACCACACCCUCACGCCCAAAAAGCACCGCGAUUCCAUCUCAGACCGCAAUGACGACCGCUCGGCCCCUCCUCCGCCUCUCCUCCCCCCUCCGAACUCUUCCUAUUCAGCAGGCGCCCAUAACCAUCGCUCAACAACAACUGCGACGGCACUUCUUCAGCCUCCCCAACCUCUCCUCCUCGGCCGAAACCCAGACCCUCACGGCCUGCCGGACGAUGCCCUAUCCCUCCGCCCAGCUCUACGAUGUUAUCUCCGACGUCGACGCCUACGACACAUUUGUUCCCUAUUGCGCCCAGUCCCGCGUCACGCAAUGGACGUCCCCGGACGCCUCCGGCCGUCGCUGGCCCGCCCAGGCCGACCUGCGCGUUGGCUGGGGAGGCUUUGAGGAGACCUUUACCAGCAGGCUGCACUGCGUGCCCGGGAAGAGCGUGGAGGCCGUAAGCGGCGCCGACGUCGAGGGCUCGAGCCCGGGCAACGGCGGGGAAGGGGGCGCCGUGUUCAGGAGCCUAGUGACCAAGUGGCAGCUGCGGCCACUGUCGUCCGGGACGGGCACCGAGGUGGAUCUGGUUAUCCGAUUCCAGUUCGCAAACCCUUUGUACUCCGCCGUCAGCGCCGCCGUGUCUGAUAAGGUAGCCGGUGUCAUGAUCCAGGCGUUCGAGAAGAGAGUGAAGGCCCUCCUGGGCGUCCCCAGGCUAUAAUCGAAGAUGACAAGCACUCGUCCAAUAAC